AUGCCUUGUACCAGAAGGUCGGCCAGUUCCCGACCACCACCUAACCAGGAGAACCAAGGGGCCCAGUUCAGACGUCGUCCCUAUUCCCGCGCUAGGGCGACUCCAUUGGACGAGGCCACCAAUCGCGGCGCUUCGUAUGCAGAAGGCAAUACGAAAUGCGAGACCAGUACGAAUUCCAGAAAUAUUUCACAGAAGGGGCAAAAGCCACAGCUAAUGACAGAAAGUGAGAAAUUUGAUCCGGGGCCGAAUAGAAAACGGCAGGCAGCAGCCAGUGCUUCCAAAACCUCACUUCUGAACGCGUCAGCGGGCGGGCCAAAUACCAAGGAUGGCCCACAGGGUGUUAAUUAUAAUAGGCCACUUCGAAAUAAUUCGCGUAGUACGACAAAUAGUCAGUACUACACGGACGAUGAACAAAUGUUGCCUUCGCGUGCCAAAUCAAACGUAUCCAAUCGUGCGAGAUCCGUGCGUGAAAGUGCACCAAAUAAUGAAAAUGUUGAACCGGAUGAAAAUAAAAUUUUCAAGGUGCCGGAAUGUUCCACCAAUAUGUUUUCGGCAAAUCUUAAGCAGAGGACGUCAACGGCUCAAGAAAAUCAAAAUAAAGGUCAGAACCUAAAUACACGCAAAGAAAGCUAUGUUCCAACACAUUUUGACAAUAAUGCUGCAAACUCUAGCCAAAAUAAUAGUGCCUGGUACUCGAAGUUGCCACAGCCCACUGCAGCAAGUAUGCCGAAGAAGAAAUUGGAUCCGGAAACCUGCUACUUUUCGGAGUCGGAAGGAAACACGUAUAUAUUAAGACGUCAGACUGAGAGGAAUUUUUAUUCCAAGCAAACCGGUUACCAAUCGGAGACAGAAGGCACAAAUGGCAGACUUAUGCAGAAUGCUAGAACUCAAGUCAACCCAAAUGCACAAAUACAAUACACUUCCAUGUACGGCCAGCCGGUGAAUUUAGUUAUGUCAGAGAAGGCCAACCAGCCCACUACAAAGAUGGACAUCGAACAAAAUCUGCCGGCGAAGGUGGUGUACGUACAUAAGCCGAGUGCAGAUGCAUCGCGUUAUCAUCCGGCUGAGUAUAAUCAGUUUAAGAAGCCAGAGCCGCCUCUUCCACCCACCAACUACACCUAUCAGAGGGAAGAGGUCAGAAAGGAACCAAGUUACAGCUCCGUGCAGCAAAAGAAAAAUCAGUUUGUAGAUCAGCCGCCUAUAAACAAUCAAGCACAAACUAAAGCCGAUCGUAAUGUUUGGAGCAAUGAUAUACGGCUUUUAGAAAUACUUUCUCAAGCUAAGAAACAGCCAGCCAAUAGAAGUUCCAACGAUAUUAGUAGCCCUAAUGCCCAGAAAACCCAUGAUGCUGGUAACAAGGAGCAGGACGAGAUCGACAUACGCCUGAAUGGUGAACUGGAAUCUCUGUUUGCAACUAAAGAGCUGCCACGACCAGCUCCAACUCCACUGGCUAAGACUCCCACGGAGCUGAAGACAGUUGAAAGAGCACACACGCGGCCAUUGAAUGCCAAGAAAAUGGAAUCUGAAAUUGAUGCACGCCUCCAGGCGGAACUGGAUUCCUUGCCCAUGGUUGCGGCUGACGAUACGAAUGAAUCCCCAAAGGAGACAGUAUAUAAAACUCAUCCAUACAUCUCUGUGCCUACAGUCAAGUACUUGGCGGAGGAUAAAGUACUUCUAAAACCGAAUCCCGUGGGCAUUUCUUCACAAUCAGCAGCACCAACCAAUUCAAUGGCCAAAAAUGCGAUGGAAAUGGGAAACGCAGGCGUUCAGUUGGUAAAUAAUCCGCUUGCUGCGCGUAUUUCCAUCGAUCAGCAGCACAACUUGCAACAAGGACCGAUAGUCACGCGACUUAAGAACUCACACGGUCAGGAUAUAGCCGUCAAAUAUACCACUGGUCCGAAUGGAUUAAUCACCAAUGUGCAAAUGGUGCAACCAGCGAUGGGAAUUGGCCAACUGAAGGUGACCGAACUAGAGAGUUUCACGGCCAGCCAACUGCAUCAGCUAUUGCAGAGUGGUCAUCCCUACAUGGCCUUGCCCAUGACAUACUCGGGUUUUCCAGGUGCUAUGCUACAGGAUCCCUUGAAGACGAAAACACCCAUAUUUCCCCCGGAACAAGCGGUCGAGGAUGAGGAGGUCGACUAUGAGGAAAUAGGCGUGGCGGACACCUUUGCAGCCUACUGGCCAAGCAAACUCAAGUUUGGUAGAGGCCAUCCCGAUGCCGUCGUGGAAACGGCCACUCUGUCAUCCGUUGAGCUGCCCGAUAUAACCUACCAGCUGGCCCUGCCCUCGAAGACCACCGAGUGUUUGAGUGCCCUGCAGCUGGAGGCGGUGGUCUAUGCCUGCCAGGCUCACGAGCAGAUCCUGCCCAGCGGCGAGCGAGCUGGAUUCCUGCUGGGCGAUGGAGCUGGUGUGGGCAAGGGGCGCACCAUUGCGGGCAUCAUUUUCGACAACUACGUGAAGGGACGAAAACGCGCCCUUUGGAUCUCCGUCUCCAAUGACCUCAAGUUCGAUGCAGAGCGGGAUCUCGCCGAUAUAGGAGCCCAUGAAAAGAUCCGUGUGGCGGCCAUCAGCAAGUUUAAGUACAGCCGCAUUGAUUCCGAAGAAAAUGAGAACUUCAGGCGCGGUGUGAUAUUCUGCACUUACACAGCUUUGAUUGGAGAAUCGCUGACGGCCAACUCGAAGUACAAGACUCGUCUGCGCCAGUUGGUCCAUUGGCUUGGCAAAAAGUUCGAAGGCGUGAUCGUCUUCGAUGAGUGCCACAAGGCCAAGAACCUUAGCCUGAUGAAUGUUGGCAAGUCCACCAAGACGGGCACGACUGUUCUGGAGCUGCAGAAACUGUUGCCAAAAGCCAGAGUGGUCUAUGCCUCGGCCACAGGAGCAAGUGAGCCCCGGAACAUGGCCUAUAUGGUGAGACUGGGCCUAUGGGGUCCAGGUACCGCCUAUCCAGAGUUCUACGAAUUUGUGAACGCCGUCGAGAAGCGCGGCAUUGGAGCCAUGGAAAUCGUAGCCAUGGAUAUGAAGCUCAGAGGUACCUACAUAGCUCGUCAGCUGAGCUUCAAGGAUGUGAGUUUUCGCAUUGAGGAGGUGACCAUGCCAAAGGAGUUUCGCAAGAGCUAUAACCUGGCUGCCGAACUCUGGGCGGAGAUAAACAAGAAGUUCCAGAAGGCCUGUCGCCUGAUGUGCAUCGAGAAUAGGGUGCAGAAGAUAAUAACCUGCCAAUUCUGGUGCGCCCAUCAGCGUUUCUUCAAGAACCUGUGCAUCGCCUCCAAAGUGAAUCAUGUGGUCAAGAUGACGCGGCAAGCCACUCGAAUGGGCAAGGCGGUGGUCAUUGGCCUUCAAUCGACAGGGGAAUCGCGCACACUGGAGCACCUAGAACGUCAUCAUGGAAAGCUGGUCACCUUUGUCUCCACCUCCAAGAUGAUCAUCCAGUCGUUCGUGGAGAAGCACUUCCCAGCACCCAAGCGCGACUCGUUUCACCAUCUGCUGAAUACGGGUGAAUUCGAGCCGGAGGCACGUUGCCGCCCAUCUAGACCUAAGAGGUCCAAAAUGAAUCCCGAUUGGUUCGACGACGAUAUGGACGCCGAGGCGGGCGAGAGCGACAUCGAGAUGUACGAGAGCAGUUGGACUGCGGAUGAAGAGCGUAUCAAAUCCGGACGAAAGCGUCGCGGACGACCGCCGAAGGCAGACAAAGUGGAGAAGAUAACCAUGCAGGAGCGCAUUCUGCAGCAUCUGUGCAGCAAUAUGCGGGCCCAGGAUAACGAAGGCGAGCCCAGCUACACCUUCGACAAUACCAAGCCCCAGAAGGCAAAUAUCACGGAGCGGGAUGUGGAACGCUGCAUCAAUAUGCGUGAAAUGCUGCUGGAGAAAAUCGAGAUUCUGGGCAAGAGAUUGCCGCCCAACACGCUGGACAAACUAAUCUCCGAACUGGGUGGCACCAACUUGGUGGCAGAGAUGACGGGCCGCCGCGGCAGAGUGGUGCGCUCCGAGUACGAUGGCUACAAGUAUGAGCCGCGCUGCGAGAACGACUCCUCAAUGGACCUGGUCAAUUAUCGCGAGAAGCAGCGCUUCAUGGAUGGCAGCAAGCACGUCGCCAUCAUUUCGGAGGCGGCCUCCAGUGGAAUAUCCUUACAGAGUGACAAGCGGGUUUCCAAUCAGCGGCGUCGUCUGCACAUCACUUUGGAACUGCCAUGGAGCGCGGAUAGGGCCAUCCAACAAUUUGGCCGCACCCAUCGCUCCAACCAGGUGAACUCGCCCGAGUACGUAUUUGUGAUCACGGAUCUGGCCGGUGAACGCCGGUUCGCCUCCACGGUGGCCAAGAGGCUGGAGAGCCUGGGUGCCCUUACCCAAGGCGACCGUCGUGCCACCGAUGCCCGCGACCUCUCCCAGUUCAAUAUCGACAAUAGCAUCGGUCGCAGUGCCCUGGAGAAUGUGAUGCAACUUCUGACCAGCGAUAAGCCACUGGACCAGUCUCAAGUGCCACAAUCCUACAAGGGUGACUUCCUCUACGACUGCUGUGUGGCAAUGGCCGGCGUGGGUAUGAUCAAUGUGCGGGAGGAGAACAAGGUCAAGGUGUUCAGCGUGGAGAAGGAUAGUAAUAAUAUAUCCAAGUUCCUAAACCGCAUCCUUGGCUGCCGUGUGGAGGUGCAGAAUGCGCUAUUUAAAUUCUUUCUGGACAAGAUGUACUCACUGAUCAUGCAAAUGAAGCGCACAGGCCGCUUUGAUCUGGGUAUACUCGACCUGGAUGCCCAUGGGGCCAGUGUUAAAUCCAUCAAGCUGAUGAGAUUCAUCAGGAAUCACGCCACUGGAACGGCGGCCACCGAACUCCACACGGUGACAGUGGAACGUGGCAUGUCAUUUGAGACGGCACUUGCCAAAUACCGAAAGGAGGUCCAGCACGAGCACGAAGGCUUCUAUAUUCUACAGCAGCUGCGCCAAAACAAGAACUCCUCAAUUCUGUGCCUGCAGGCGCCGUCCAAUUCAUCGGAUGUAUCGAAGAUCAAUUUGCAAAUCUACCGACCCAAUACAGGUCCCCAAGUGCGUCUGGAGACGCACGGCUCCAUCUCAUCGCGCUAUGUGAAGGUCAGCCCGGAAGAGGCCCAAAAAUACUGGGUACAGCAGUACGACCUGUGCUUGAAUAUGUGCUCCCACGUCUACUGGAAUCGCACCUGUCCCAUGCCGACGGGCUGUGAGGUGGGACUCCGGAUGCGCACCUACCAUGUGCUCUCCGGAUUGAUGCUACCGAUUUGGGACCGAAUCGAGCUGAUUAUCGUCAAGAACGGACACAAGAUCCAGAUCAUACGCGUGAAGACCGAUGUGAACAAGAAGAUUGUGGGUACGGUGGUGCCGCAUGCCGUCUACGAUGCCCUGGUGGCCGAUUUGUCCACGGAUUCCAUUGUGGAGAUACAUUAAAAUGACACCGCCCACUGCACGAUGCCGCACACAGCACUUCUAUUGCCACUUUAAAAAUAUCAACCCAAAUUGUGGCAUUCAAUGCAAUACAUGUGGCGUAAGCUUUCGCUUUUUCUAAAUUCCAGGCACGCUCCACCAGCUC